CUUAUAUUUGCAACCUAGAAGUCCCUUCGCAUUUUAUCGACGCUUGCAGUUCCACAACACCACUAAGGAAGAGCUUUUCAAGUGCAGAGCACACAGCACACGGAAGUAUGAAGUUAAAAGUAUGCUGUUCCCGAUAAAUACGCUGUUGUAUGAAUCAGCAAGGGUCGCAUCGUUAUCGAGUACAGAAGAUAUUAACACGAGGAAAAAGAAGAUGAUGGUGCCAGUGUGCUUCAAAGUUUGGGCGACUGGUGCAGGAGCGACUCUGAUGAUGACGAGGAUGAUGGACGGCGUUACCGGUGUAGUUGGUGUCAAUCUGCGUAGUUUCCAAACACCAGCGCGAGUACCGCAGGAAGUCUCGGCACUGCCGCGGCUGGAGCAAUCCCAAUCACGAGUGGAGGAAGAACUAGAACGAGACAUGAAGUUGGCCAAAGACGAAAUGGCCAAGGACAAUGGAGAGGUAGGAGUACUACAACUAGUUGAUGUGGAGGAGCCCGAUCUCCAGUCCACUAUCAGCGCCGGUGCCUAUGAACGCCUCAACGAUCUGGCUCGCGAGGAUGUUGUGCGAGAGCUGGAGCUGGCAGGAGGUGGCGACAGUAAUUUCUGUGGUAUUGCCGCAAAUGGCGUUUUCAUAGCAGCGGAGAAGCUUCUAGCCGCUUCUUCCACGCCCUCGCGUCUUCAACGUCUCGUGUCAUUGUCAUCAACAUCAACUACAUCCUCGCCACUACAACUUGUGUAUAAUUUAUACCAGGAGAUGAAAGAGGAGAUCGGGAUCACGGCCGCAAGAAGCAGAAAGACGGAGAUCUUGCCAUCUUCAAGCAGAAAAAAAUAUAUCGUGCUCCAAAUAAAAGAAGAUCAUCAUCAUGCGCACCAGGGCGAAAUAGCCCUUCAUUCGGAAAAAACUGCGUUGCAGAACGACUUUCCUCGUCCGCCGAAGUUUACGGGUUUCGAUACGUUUGCAGACUCGCUGCUGGAUCCACGGCAUCCACACUUCGAGAGAGAGAUCUUCAUGGAGUACGUAAUCGCAGGCCACUUUUUCGUCGUAGUGCUCUACAAAGGAUCCGUCGCGGUAAUCACCUGCACUUCCGCGCCAGAGACUACUGAGCAGGUCUCGGAUGAUGCAGAGCUUCUUGGGAGAUUAUCAAAUAAGAGGCCCUCUACUGUUGAGCGGUGGUCGUGGUCUCAUAUUUUGGCAACUUCAGCGUCGACGCUGAGCCUGAGCAGAAGCACUACUUCUAGGUCUACCACCACCGCAAAAGUGUGGCCCUCGUCGAGUGUGCUGCCCAUGAUCAUGGAUCUCACUCGGGAAAAUGUGCGAAAAGUGUGGGAAUUCUUUGUUACUCUAGAGCGAGAUACGGGUCUGUGGAAAGCGGCAUUUGGAGCUGCGGGGAUCGAUUACGAAGCCUCCUCCUACCGCGACGUCCAGCUGCCGUGGUCUCGCUCUCAAGAACGCAUAGAGGUCGUCCCAAAAACAUCAUUUUCAUUAGAUAAAACGAUGUUAGAAAGGAAGUGGAAGACGAAGACGAACAGCAAGAACAUCAACGAAGGAGGACAAGGAGAAGGUCAAGGACAAGGUAUGGAAGAUGGAACUGGAAGUGGCGGUCAUAGUACGUCAACAGAUGAGGCUCUGGCUCGCGGAGAGGACUACAACAACGUCGACGGUGAUGAUCAAACUGAAAGUUCCUUAAUUUAUCUGCGAGAGCUGCUUGCGGAACUCGGCGGAGCUCUUGGAGCAGAAGCACAGCGUGACUCUUUCAGUUUUACCACCUCUCGUCGAAUAAUGACCUGGGCUAGAACGAGAAACUGUCGCGGACUCCGGGAUCGGUAUUCUGCGGUGCGCGACGGAUUUCUCACGAAGAUGAACAAUCUGUGCAGUGGCCGAAUCUCUUCAUCUACUCUGGGAGGAGCUCGAGCUGCACCCAGAAAUACUAAAGUAGAUGAUCCUGCAGCUCCCCGUGGUCCACAAGUCGAGGCGCCAUGCUUCGAAGAUUUCGCAGCCGUCUUGCUGCAGCCAUGGUCCACCAAGGAUACAAGUCCGGGAUCCACAGAGGGGCACUUUCUCCUUCUGAGAGGCAGCGUCUUCGGACAUAGUUUCGUUAUCGUGGUGCAUGAUGGUCUCCUCCUUCUCGUCAACAGCUAUAUAUUCGUAUUCUCCCUCUAUGAGUGGCUGGGUCCUCCUCGUUGUGGAUCGGUGGAAGGAAAAAAUAAAAAUGAAGAACCCGCUCAAGUUGAUGGGGAAAGGAGAACAAAAAUGGUGGAGAACGGAAAGAUUCUGCGGCGGGCGAUUGUAGAAGAAAAGUUAAAUUAUCCUGUCGAAGUAACGAUAGAGAACAUCCGGAAGGUGUGGGAUUUCAUAAAGGAACUCGGAAAAGUAAAUCUCCCGAGGUCUGGGCGAGACCUUUUACAGAUUGGACACGAAAUAGUCGUGCUACCUGCCGGUUAUAAGCAGUUUCGAGUUGUUGAUGAUGUAGCUUCUUGUGUUUGCAAGUAAUCACUAGUAGUCAAUGUUGAAUCAAUGUCAAUCAAAAUUAGACUUUCGUCCGGGAAGAUACACCAUUGGCUUUCUAUAAUAUUUUAUAAAAUAUAGAAAAUAUUACUAUCUUCUUUCGGCAUGGGCAUGGGUCGUCUCCCUCCAUACCCAUUUUGUCGCCGAUGACCAGCGUCAGUCACAUGAAACUAACUAGCGCAACUCGUAGAAACGAAGAGGCUCUACCGGCGUCCAUUUGUCAAAUUUUGCAUGUUCUAUCUCUCACUCGACGCGAU